AAUCGGAGAAGAGAGGACAAAAAACGAUACGAGAGAUCAAAAGUUGUGCAACGAUGUCAAAGAAGAAAGCGGCUGCCAUGACGCUUAAGGACUUCCAUGGCGGCUCUAUACCAUCUGAUCUCCCUCUCCCUUCCGCUCCUGGAGUGACUCCGAAGGUUAUUCCGGAUCGACCUGUUUUUGAUAGAGCGCCUUGGGGAACUUCAAUCGGCAGGCCAGAUCAGAGGACAAGGCCGAGUUCGUCUCAUGCUAUUGGAAAUCUCGAUGAUAAAUCAAUGUUUCUUCCUCCCAACGUGAAUAUCGGACGUAAUUUCAAUGAGGAUGAACGGAAGCCUCUGGAUGGUCACUCGGCUCCUCGUAGAGUUGUCAGUGAUGAUGUUUUUCGGUUUGCGAAUAACCGUUUGGAGGUGAAAGCAGACUCGGUUUUAGCUGGGAGACAUAGUGGUUGGGCGGCUGGUCCUUUGACUCAUUCUGGGACUGGUAUUGUUGAGAACUCGGUGUCAGGAACUCACUCUAAUGUUUGGAAUGGGAGGAAAGAGGUAUCAGUUGCUAACAAUGAGCCUGGACAGUCUCCAUGGACUAAAAAACCAGCUGUUUCUAAUUUGGUCCAUACAAAUGCGCCUGACCAAGUGUCUUCAGGAAUAUUGCAGUCCAAGCUUUGGGUUCCUCCUCAGAUGGGAUUUGAUGUUGUUAAGCAUUCAGAGACAGAGAGCAGAGUUUAUAAGACUAAUAGCCAUGUGCUUGAUCAAGGGGAUGAGCCACAUGGAACACAUGUAGAACGGGCACUGAUUGCUGAAGAUGGGAUCCAGGGUGGGAAAAAAUUCUCCCGUGAGUUUGAGAAAACCCCUGGUCCAACUUAUGUGGAUGUUAAGGCAGCGAAAAUUGCAGCAAACACCAACAAUAAACCUCAUCCAAAUUAUUCUGACGUUAGGCCUGCUGGACAUUUGGUGCAGCCAACUGCCCCUUCUGAAGUUGUGGAACGACCUAAGCUGAACCUGCUGCCUCGGUCAAUACCUCUUGAAAGCGUGGAGAAACCUGUGAAUGAUGGAAAACUGGAAAAUGGUGCUUCAGUCCUUAUUCAACGUGAAAGUGGUUAUGCGACACAGAAAAGUGUGAACAAUUCAAAAUCUGGUUUGUCUGCAGAUGAGAUUCCUAACCAACCGGCUGAGCGCCCCAAGUUGAAUCUGAAGCCCGUGGCACAGUUGCUUGAGCAGCCAGAAGUUAAAACUGAAAAGGAAAGAAGUGCGGUUUUUGGUGGUGCCAGACCACGAGAGCUGGUGUUGAAGGAGAGAGGCAUUGAUGAGACCGAGCAUCACAUAUUGGAGCAACCGAUAGACAGGAUGGUCCUCAAACCGAUUGAAAGAGCUCCAGAGCAUGCAAUUCAAAGGCCAGUGAGUUCUCCCCGUGACUUGAGAACGAGGAAAUUCGACCAAAAGGACGGGCGAAAUGUAAGCGACGUUGCCAGAUCCGAAACUCAGAGGAGAAACUGGCGUGAAAACGAAAACAAGAGCUCAAGACAGCAACAGCAGACUCAGGAGAAGACAAGACAUCCAUCACCAGAGACAUGGCGAAAACCAGUUCCCCAGAAACCGGAAUCACCAGAUGGAACAGGGAUUCGUCACGGGAAAACAGCUUCUGCUCUUGAGCUAGCUCAAGCCUAUUCUCCUUUCUCUGACCCUAAAUCCGGAAUUGGAAGCAGCAACAGUUUUAACAAAAGCCGCAACAACCAAACGCAGCAGCAACCCUUCUCUCGGUUGGUAGGAUCGACAACAACACCAAGACAGAUUAAUGGCUACUGAGUCAUUGUUCGUUUGUUCUCUUGAAUUGGUUUUAGUUCCGACUAAUUGGAUCUUAAUUUCUCGAACACAUCUUAUGUGGUUUGGGAUCGUUAUGGGAGAUUUGAAUGUGAUAUGUUCCCUUAAGAACGGGUCGGAUUACAUAAGCC